UAACGCCAUAAAACUCAGCCUCUUUCUCACAGUGUCUUUGUUUUAUUCUUCUCAGAAGACAUCUGUAAGAACAAAAAAGAAACUGAUGAAACACCAGACGGAUGACUUGCUCAGACUUUGUCAUACAGUUCCUCUGGAAGUGGUGAACCUCGGUGGGAAAGGAUAUGAUCCAGCAAGUGGGGACUUCUCUGACUUUCAGGCAUGGCUGCAGUGCUACUAUGUGGACGGGAUGAAAACACUCCGGGAUCAUAAUGGGAGAACGAUAUGGUUCAGAGGGGAUCCAGGGCCCAUGGCACCAAAAGAUUCAAAGUCACCCAAGGCAAAAAAGUGGGCAAAGAAAGACGAUGACCAUGAUUACACAAACAAGAAAAAGGGGGCCAGAGCAAGGAAAACAAGGAUCAAACAGGGAGGUGAGAUGAAAACACCAAAGAAAGAAAUUGAUACUUUAUUUAUCCUGAAGGAAACUACGGUAGUGUUAUGUUAG